ACCGUGUUCGGCGAGCGGAAGGGGCGGUUUGGCCAUCUGAGGGAGGUGGGCGUCGGCGGGUUCGUGCCUGCUGUUGAACAGGAGGAGCGGGGGACGUGGGUGGUCGUCCAUUUAUACGAUCCAUCGGUGGAUAGGUGCUACACCCUGGACGAUACCCUUUCCCGCCUUGCACGCCGAUACCCGGACACGAAGUUCAUCCGCGUACGCGCUUCUGCCCUUGGCUUCGCGACUAAGCAGCCCUCCUCGUCCUCAACUCGCGCAAAGCCAUCUGGGAUCAGGCGCGCGACACGCACCAUCCGAGAAGACGACGACGACGACGACCCAUUCGGAGACGAAAAGAGCGGAUUCGUCGGCCGCCACGAGGACGACGAGAGUGAGCGCAGCUCCGACGAGGACGACGACAACGUCGAUACGGACAUGCUACCCACGAUGCUGGUUUACCGCGAUGGAGAGCUCGUCUUCAACUGGGUCCGCGUCGACUUUGAGGCUGGACAGGCCGGCAUCGAAGAGCUGCUGCUGAGGCAUCAUGUCCUUCCGACCUCAGGAGCCCAGAACAACUGUGGCCUGCCAUCGGAUGACGAGCUUUUCGACGACGAUUGA